CGGUUAGGAAAACCUGUGGAGCCAAGGCCAGAGAGGACCAGUCGAGCUUCAAGGUGGGGUGGGUGGCGGUGCUAACGCGACUUAAUGGACUUUCUACGGUGUAGCUUUGUCGGUGAUUAGACUCAUCUAGCACCAAAGAGACGGCUGCUUGUAGACCUAACAUCUCUGCAACGGAUUUGUCCACAGAGCCUUGCUGGACACACUACUGGAGGACUUCUCUUUUAGGUUUGUUAAUUGGGUUAAGCUGGAACGAAUGAGUAGGCUUACAACCAAUCGCCGCUGAUUAUAGUUCUGUCCACGGGCCUAUUUUAGUCAUCUUAUAGGCCACUGCAUCACUUGGAAAAUGUCAGAGCGAUCUCAGAGCCCGGGUUCAGAAUGCAACAGCCGACCGUAUGACUUCAGCCGGGCCAACUCUUAUUCCCACGGCCUGGUUCAGGACGGUUUGGGCUCUGUUGGGUCGCUCCAACUUCCCCACGGCGCCCUGCAAGACCCGAGUCUCCUCUUCAACAAAAGCACCUACAAUGGGAUCACAGCACCACCGACUCAGAGCUUUUUCCCGUUCCCCCCGGUCACUGGGGACUACAGGGGAUCUGACCUGCAGGCUGGAGAGUUUGGUCAGCCCAAACAUUGGUAUCCAUUCGCGGCGCCAGAGUACACGGGCCAGGUGCCCGGGGUGAUAGCCGCUACUCAGCCUACAAACCUGAGUCCUCCUAUAGCCGAAACCAGGGAACAGAUUAAAAUGCCCGAGAUAAAGACGGAGAAGGACACCGGUGAUGAAUACUCUACGGAGAUAAAGAUUCAGCAGUACCCAACGCCUCCGACCUCCGCCGCCAUGGCGCAUGGAGUCUACUACUCGGCCCAUUGGAACCCAUCCUUGUGGUCCGGCCUCACCCACAUCACACCGCCCGGCAGUAAUAAUCAAAUUCCCUCAACUUCAUCGGCAUCAUCACCAUCUCUGUCCCCAUCACCACCAAGCAACGGGCUUCCAGGAAAUGCAUUUUUCAGCGGCACCUCGACCCAGCCUGUCACCGCGCCGCAGACGCAGAACCCGGCCUCCACAAGGAGCAGCGGGUCCUCCACCGGUGGAUGCAGCGACUCUGAGGAGGAGGAGAACCUUACUACUGAGGAAUUGGAACAAUUUGCCAAGGAGCUCAAACACAAACGCAUAACCUUGGGUUUCACUCAAGCUGACGUUGGCCUUGCCUUGGGAAACCUAUAUGGUAAGAUGUUCAGCCAGACAACUAUUUGCCGAUUUGAGGCUCUCCAGCUGAGCUUUAAGAACAUGUGCAAGCUGAAGCCCCUUCUUCAGAGAUGGCUCAACGAGGCUGAAACUUCAGAAAAUCCCCAGGAUAUGUACAAAAUCGAGCGAGUUUUUGUAGACACCAGAAAGCGGAAGAGAAGGACCAGCCUGGAGGGGACGGUGCGCUCUGCUCUGGAGUCCUACUUUGUCAAGUGUCCCAAACCUACCACCCAGGAGAUAACACACAUCUCUGAUGACCUAGGCCUAGAGAGAGAUGUGGUACGUGUGUGGUUUUGUAACCGCAGACAGAAGGGCAAACGACUGGCCUUGCCGCUGGAUGAGGAGUGUGAAGGCCAGUACUAUGAGCAGAGUCCUCCCACACUCAACAUGGCCCCCUCCCCAAUUCCCAGCCAGGGCUACCCUGGAGCCCCUCCUACACUCUAUAUGCCCCCCCUUCACCGGCCAGACGUCUUCAAGCAGGCCCUGCACCCUGGACUGGUGAGUCAUCUGACUGGAUAAACAUGUUUUGGUCGUCCUGGCGAGCCCCACAGACUCCCUCUCCACCUAACUGAGCUAUCUAUUCAACGCCCACCCAUGCUGGAGACUCUCUACAUCUAGUCACGCUACAGGCUGCUCAUCUCUGGCUCAAGGGCGGCGGCCUCCACAGCGAGGAGGCUCAUCUGGUGACUGCCAUAGAUGGAUCAAGCUGAAUGUGGUUUCCUGUUCCUGUUUUGAUAGCGGAACUUCUUGAAAGGCUGCCAUACACCACUUCCUUUUGCCUAAUUAUGAUUUAGAGUCCCAUCACCUCUGAUUUCUCACUUAUGUCAGAGUGAAGUUAUUGGGUGUGGUGUUGCCGUGGGACAAUCAUUGAACAAUCUCACCAGGGUAAACCGUUUUCAAAACUCAACUCAAAAUGUCAAUAAGCAUUGAGCUUGAGUGUUUCAUGUUAACAGCCUGUCUUUCUGUUAUUCUUGAAUUCUUAGAUGGUACACUGUAAAUGUUAGUUAUACCACAGACUCAUGAUUAAUGUUGGUGUAAAAAAAAAAAAAAAAAGACCUGGUUAGAUGGUUGCCAAUCCUGGAACUCCAAAGGUCCAAUCAUGGAAUGGAGAUGUUUUUAAAAAUCUGUGCAGGGUCAUGGAGAUAAGGUACUCCUGCCAGCACCUCAGAAUUACUAAAAAUCCUUAUUAGCUUUUCUGUGGUGCAGAUGUGGGGAGCUCAGGCCAAUGAAAUUUUAACUUAGUAUUUAAAAGGCAUAUCAUGCCAAAGCUCAGAAUUCAGAUGUUGAGGUCUUAGGCAAUUGAAUCAAUAUGUGGAUGGAAAUUACAAAAUUAUUUGCCACAAACUGGAAAAGCAAGGCUAUAAUCCACUGAUCAGUGAUGAAACCUGGAGUUCAUCUGACAAAGUCAACAUUUUUUUAAAAACUUUUUUUUUUUUUUUUUUUUUUAAAUGAAUGACCUUUCUAAUUCCUUAAUGUACAAGGAUCAAUAAAAUGAUCCCAUACCACUGUGAAAUCACUUUGGAGCCCCAGGAUUUAUCUCAUAAGCCUUGUCUUUAUCUUAGGGAGAGACCAGCUUGACUGAGAUUAUCGUCACAGAAUGUGUAAAUUUUCCAUUUCAGGUGCUUUUUUAUAUUAAAUAAUGCUUUUGCACAAAGUGGUUUAAUGUUUUUAUAAUGUUGGGUAUUGAGUUUUUUGUGUCCCUCUUGCCCAUGCAGAUCUCACCUAUGUAAAUGCAAACCUUUUCAGCUACGGUGGGGUGGUAAGAUUCAAGCUAAUGUUUUGAGGGAUUAUAUGGCAAAAACGUGGAUGAGAUUUAUCAAGCAACAGCAGCUCAUUGUUAAUACUAAUAAUACUACCAGGGAGUAAUGUUAUGAGUUUGUCAUGAGUUUGUGCAUUCUCGUCUGUCACAAUCUUUGCUUGUCUUGUAACAGCUGGAGUCAUUUCAAUUUUGGUUGUGACACAUUUCAUGUAACUUUACCCCUCAAUCAAUUCUUUGUAAAUGGAUUAUAUUUUAAUUUAUUGAAACAUUCGCUACCCUGAAAUGUUUUCACUCAAGCACCCAAAACCUAACCUGUGUCUCUGUACCUAGUAAUUUAAUGAAAUGACUUCAUAUUUUGGCUUUCUUGACUUUUUUCCAUAUUAAUGCUGAAGAGUCGUCAUUUUUAAUUCUGUGUUCCCUGUGACAUUUUUGCACAUCUCACAAAAUAAAUGUGUAAAUGCUG